AAAGGGCCGACGAUGACAAUGAAGCCGUAAAUCAUCAUUCCCGCAGAAAAUAGGGCUAUUAAUAAGAAUUUGAUCCUAUAUAUAUGCAUAUACAUAUACUUCACAUCGGUAAUAAACUCGUGUUUUCUCAGUGUGUAGGGGAAGAAAGACGAAAAGAAAAGAAGAAAAAAAGAAUUAGAGUCAGCCAUUUCCCAUUCAAUUUUCUAAUGUGCAUUUAAAUUUUAAAAAGAAAAAAAAAAAAAGAUGAAUGUAAAGCGGACAAGAGAGAGAAAAAAGAAAAUGCACUGCUGUGUUGUUAUUGUCGUUACAACUGCCCUGUGAAAAGAAAAAAAGGAAAAAAUAGAAAAGGAAUAGAGAAGAAACGAGAGAAAAAGAAGAGUGUGAUACCCUCCCCCGAAAAAUUCACCUCCCCCUCCGCCAUACUACAAACACACACACACGAAGUUCUUUUCGUGGCUCCUCAGUCAGUUGCAUAGUUCAGUCGCCUUCAGGCCGUCUGGCUGGCAACACGCACGCCGGUCCUCGUUUACGACCCAAGUUCAACGUCUGCCGUUUAACAUAUCCGAAUUUUGAAAUAUUUGUUGUUUAUUUUUUAUUUUUUUUUCUCCCGCGUAGGCUCUUCUGUUCCACGCAUUCUCGUGUGUCUGGUGUUGGCUGGCCAGCACAGUCAUUUUCGAGUUUUUAUUUCAUUUUCCAGAGUUACAAAACAUUUUUUUUUUUCCCGGCCAUUGACACUGGCGAUCAAGGCCGAUUACAUACAGACAGUGAAAGCGGAACGGCCGGCGUGAAAUGUGACGGGCAAAAAUUUUUUUUUCUCUGCGUGUUAGUUCGUGAAAAUUAAAAGACGUUUAAACAAAAAAAAAAAGGAACUUCCGACGGGAAUUUAAAAUUAUUUUUUUUAAAACUGAGUUUCUAUGUGCUGCGUGAAGAUUGUGUUUGCAUUGUUGCCGCUUGGUUUGUGUUGCCUCCUCCCCGACAUGAAUAGCCAAGAUCGUCCGUUCUCGAGUGUUUUGCCUGUCGCUCCACCGCUGACCCACCGCGUGUCAAAUUGAUCGUUUUUUUCGUGAAAGAAAACACACACCGACUCUGAAUCGUGGCAUUUAUUUGAUGUGGAACCCCAAUUGAUUUUUAUUGCUGUGUUCAAUUUUUAUACGGACCACAAAAAGAAAAAAGAAAAAAUGAAGACGGUGGGCACAACGUCCAAUCAUGCCGUCACGAUGAUUGUGAUGGCAUUUUUCUGGAUUUCUCUCAGUCACGUCCGUGCAGCUUCCUUUUACGGAUCGAGUUACAUCGCGCUGCCGCUGCAGGAGGCCCGCUCUGCGACGGAUCUGAGCUUCCGCUUCCGGACGUCGAGAUCGGACGCCCUGCUUUUCUUAGCGGCAGGACGCACCGACUAUUGCUUGGUGGUUUUACAAGCGGCUGCUUUGAAGGUGCGCAUCAACUUGGGAGCCGGCGAAGCGGAGGUGGCCACUCCGCGCGGAUUGCGGCUCGACGACUUGGCCUGGCAUGACGUGCGCAUCCAUCGCAAAGAUGCCGACUUCACGCUGACUGUCGACGGUCUCCAUUCAUCCAAAUUGAAAUUGCCAGGGCGUUUCUACGAGCUCAACAUCCAUUACGGCCUCUUUGUGGGCGGCUUGGGCGACUUUCGCGAGAUUUUCCUCGGAUUGUGGGACAACUUCCGAGGAUGUCUCAACGACCUGCACUACAACGGCGUCGACGUCCUGGCAAAAGCCAAGGAGCGCGAAAAGAGCGGCAGCGCAUCAUCCGCAUCGACGGCCGUUGUCCAGGCGGACGGAAGUGCUGCCGUCGCCUUCGCUGUCAGCUGGGAUUGCAGCGCCGAGUUUGAUGCCACGUCCGACAAGGACAUGAGCUUCUUGUCGGCCGAUUCUUACGUGUCGUUCGGUGGCACGGGCAUCGCUAAGACGGGCUCGACCGUCCGUUUCCAGCUCAAGACACAGAGCAGGGAUUGCGUGCUGCUGUACAGUAGCGGACCUCCAGCCAAACCGGAUUUCGCGGCCGUCGAACUGGUCGAGGGACAUUUGAGAGUCAGUUUGGAUGCGGGCGGAGGCAGCGCUGUGGAUCUGUUUAGCGAUCAAGCCGUCAACGAUGGGCUUUGGCAUCAAGUCGAGCUCCACCUGGCGGCCGGAACUGUCGAACUGAAGAUCGACGGUCGUUCCAGCUCGAGCAGCAGCAGCAGCGGUCGUGAUUCGGGAUUUCUAACGUCUUCGCCUUCUAAUAAAUAUCUGGAACUGAGCGGACAAAUCUAUUUGGCGGGAGUCGAACCGGCCCGUCAUGGAAGAGCUUUAGCUCAAGGCGUGCGGACGGCCAACAGCAGUCUACGCGGUUGCAUCCGGCGUUUGGAAUUGGACGGCCGUUUGUUAGGCUUACGCGAUGCCCGCGUGACACGACAUGUUUCGGCCGAUUGUCAAUGGCAUUAUCCUUGCACGUCUAUCAACCCAUCGCCGUGUGUGGACGGCGCCCAGUGUUCGCAAGACGGUCUGGAUCAUUUCCGUUGCGAGUGCCCGCAACAGCCGUGCACUAAACCGGAAUUCAUCAACUACAAGGCGACCGCCACCAGCAGCAGCACAUCCGUCAUGGCGGGACCGUCUUCCGGCACCAGUUCCGACUCACAACCGCCUGUCCUCAAUCUUUCUCCUGUUCAGGUGACGGAAGGAGGUUCGAUGACGUUGACGUCGCGUCACUUGCAAGUGCAGCUGGAUUAUGAAAAAUUCGGGGUCCGCGAAUCCGGUGUCAUGUUCCAUGUCGUCAGAGCGCCACAGUACGGCCGUCUGUUCUCGACGCUGUGGCGUCGUGCUGAUGAAGCCACUUUCACUUUGCUGGACGUCCAUAGCGAUCGAGUGCGUUACGUUCACGACGGCUCCGAGACGUUACGCGAUUCCGCCCUGCUGGAACUGGAACUUGCCCCCAGACAAGGAUUCCUGCUGCCGGCUUAUUUGCAGAAAAGGCAGAGAUUCGUUCUGCAUUUGGCCGUCAGUCCAGUCAACGAUCCUCCGGAGCUUUCGCUGUCACCUGGCAAAGCUGUCCUCCGAUUGGUUAAACACACACGCAAAGCGCUGACUCAAGAACUCCUAUCGGCUUUCGAUCCGGAUAAUCAACCCAAAGAUCUUCUCUAUUCCGUUCUCAACUCGAAAAGCGAUGGCGACAUGGAAGGUUCUAUCGAGAACAAAAUUCAACCAGGUGUGGCGAUUAGCACCUUUACGCAAGAGGAUGUCAAUCAAGGAAGGAUCUGGUACGUUCAUCGAGGUUCACCUAAUGGCAGAUUGGCGUUGCGAGUAUCGGACGGAGCGGAGAGCGGGCCGACCGCUGUGCUGCGAAUCGCCGCUUUCGACUUGCAACUAUUCCUGGCCAACAACACGGGGCUUGUGGUGCCGGUCAACGGCUCAGCCGCACUGACAGCGGCUAAUCUAACGUUCAGCACCAACGCUCCUGAUCAAGAGCUGGACAUUCGUUACGAUAUUACCAGACCGCCGCAACACGGGCAGAUUCAAGCGUGGAGAUCUGGCCGUUGGCAAUCGAUCAACUGGUUCAAUUCCGGCCAGUUGCAGCGUAAUGAACGCAUCCGUUACGUUCAUCUCCCGACUGGAUUUCAACCACCGGCUAGCCAAGAUGAUUUCCAAUUCUCCGUUUCGGUCGCUCUGGAAGUGGCGGAAGUCUUCCGCUCGCCCAUUAUGUACCAGUUCCGCUUCCAACUGCUGGAUGCUGUCUUGCGGGAGGAAAGUAACCGCGGCUUGAGCAUCAUCGGCGGAUCAACGCAGUCGGUUGCCAUCGGCAGCGCUCUGUUGAAGUUCGUAGUCGAACCUCAGUCGAACGCGGAAGAAGAAGUGAUUUACACUCUGAUGGAUGCGCCUCUUUACGGAUCGCUGUGGAUUCAAUCGCAAUCGAAUCCGCUGGACACGGGAUCCAAAUGGUCGCAGAGUGUCCUCAAUUCGCAGCGGCUUCAGUACCGGCUAGCGCGUCGCACGUUGUCCUCUUUGCGGGAUCAUUUCAGUUUCCGCGUUACUUCAUCCGGACUGGCAUCGGACUUGCGACGUUUCGAGAUAAACUACAGCCCCGGAAACGAUACGCCGACUGUCACGGCCACUAUCGGCGAGUUAUUGGUUAACGAAGGCGAAACUGCUGUGUUGCAGGUCAGCCUUUUGGGCUUCUCGAUCCCGUUGGCCAUCAAUUAUACUGUGCUGGAGAAACCAGCCUACGGCCAACUCAAUUUGCUGGACGUCGGUAAACGAUCCGCGACGCGUAAAAACAUCAGCUGGUUUAGCUCGGACGAUCUAACUGAUCAGAGGAUCGUUUACACGCACGACGACAGCGAAUCCAUCACCGAUAAAUUCGUGUUUCUCGCCCGUCCGCGGGUAUCGCCAGAUGAUCCCUCCAAGGAUUUCCAAUACGUUGGCACGUUUCCCAUCCGUGCGCACAUGAAGAAUGAUAAUCCGCCGUUGCGUGUGGGCGAUCAAGUCCUGCGCGUCGUUACCAAUGGGGAACGUCGACUCACUUCAGACAUCCUAAGAUACAUCGAUCCAGAUGUGGAUACUAGCCCGGCUAGCAUUGUUUAUUCGCCACGUGGAGCAUCGAAUGGAGGAUUCUAUCUAACGGACAGGCCAGACGUUCAAGUUUUCCAAUUCAGCCAGGAGGAUGUUAACGAAGGGAAAAUCCUCUUCCGCCACACUGGAAGCCCAUACGGCCGCACGACACUGUGGAUAACGGACAAUCAGUACCACGUUACCGGAACGCUGGAAGUUCAGGCGUCUGAGCCUUUUCUUGAACGGGUUAACCAAUCAAGAUUGAUGGUUCGUCGUGGCUAUUUUGCCGCUCUGAGCAUCGAUCAACUCGGCAUGGUGUCUAACCUUGAUUACGACUCCAACGAAUUGGCUUUUUACUUGCUGGAUCAGCCACAGCACGGCUCGGUGCAGGUGAACGGCUCUACCAUUUUGAAGAUGGAAUCUUUCACCCAAGAAGAACUUCUUUCGGAGAAAGUCACAUAUCAAAGCAAGAAUCAGACGGAAGGGAAGGAUUGGUUUAAAUUACGUGCUGUCCUCAGGAGAGUCGAAUACGAAUGCAUCGUUGAAGUUCGAAUUUAUCCGGAAAGUUACUGGCAUCCGCUGAAGGUCCUUCACAAUGAACUGGUCACUGUGGAAGAAGGCACAAGUUUCACAAUCGACGCGUCUUCGUUGAAAAUGAGUCAUCCGCAGGGCGUGAAUAGACAAGACGUGACUUACAUCGUUCACCAGCCACCGUUGCACGGCUAUUUGGAAGUGGAUCGAGACGAAAACGAGUACGAGGAUCUAGUGACUGGCCGCAGUGCCAAUCUGCUGCCACCUGAAGUGCACGUCUUCGAUCAAAGCGCUAUCGAUGAGCAGCGCUUGCACUACAUCCAAUCUGGUGCCAAUCAGAGUGCCGAUCACUUUGUUUUUGACGUUACCAACGGUGUGGUUACGCUGACCAACCUGACUUUCCAAUUGGCUAUUAUACCCAAAUCCAUUUACUUGCUGACACGACCCAUUGAAGUUCUCGAAGGUGGACAUUCAGUUCUGACCGUCUCCGAUCUUAAGAUUGUCACUCGUUACUACGCCGACAAAGUGGACAGUUUCUUAGUCGUCAAACUGCCCCUCCAUGGCAAUCUUCAACUCAAGAGCGCUGCAACCGAUGAUGAUCCUUUAACUCAGUUUACCUAUACGCAAUUGAUCGAGAAACAAGUGUUGUACUGGCACGAUGGAAGCGAAGAAGCUAAUGAUACUCUUGACAUUGUUGCUUUGGCCGGCAAAAAGGAAAGUUUACCGGCCACGAUUCACAUCCAGGUACGACCGGUCGACGACGAGAGACCGAUCCUCGUUAAUAACACGGGCAUCUUGGUUUGGCAAGGUUCUACCACUGUGUUGGACAAAGCUCAACUCGGUGCUUCUGAUGUUGAUACUCUGCCGCAAUCGAUUGAAUUUUCAUUCGGCCGAGCUGAUUGCGGCUACAUGACGUCCGGUUCAAAUCUGACCGAUCCAGUUACGACGUUCACGCAACAACAGAUUGACCUACAUCAAAUAGCAUUUGUCCAUCAAGGAAAGACCAACUGCACGGUGCCCUUUAAUCUGACGGACGGUCAGUCGGCAUUGCCCAGUCAACACCAUUUGAAAAUAAGUGCUCGUAAAAUGCAAGUGCGUUUGGUACGCAAUCAGCGUCUUCAUGUUUUCCCGAUGAUGCAACAAUCCAUCACGUCGGCCCAAUUACUGGCGGUUACCAGCGGUGACGUAUUAACUAACCGCCAGCAAAAUGUACCUCGUUUCCAGGUGACUCGGCCUCCACGUCUCGGACGACUACUCCUGGAACAGGCGGACGGUUCGACCAAACGAGUCACUAGUUUCACCCAACGAGAUCUCAAUCAAAGUUUGGUUAUCUAUGAACAUACGGAGCCAUUCGCUGACGUCAGCGUCAACGACAGUUUCAUCAUUGACGUCAUGUCUGAGCUUAGCUCACCGCUUCAACAGCAACAGUUUAACAUCGAAAUUUCUGUUGCCACCAUGGCGGAAGGUGGACUCGACCGAUAUCUUGGUUUGGUAGCCCUUGAAACUGAGGAAGGUGGAACAGCAAUUAUUCGAGAAAAGAAUUUGAACUUGAGCGGCAUCGUCCAGCUGAUCAGUAGCUACCAAGGUGUGCUUGCUACCCAACCACCAAGAUUACGAUUGGUGUUAUCACAGGCACCUCAGCACGGAUUCGUAUCCGUCAGUGGUAGACGGGUGGGCCUUGGUAGCGAGAUGACAGCCGGAGAAAUCUCAGCUGGCCGAGUGGAAUACCAACACGAUCAUUCUGAUACUCUUGAUGAUUCGAUCGGCCUUACCGUAUUGCUGCAGAGACCGGAAAAAGGAUCGGAUCGACCGGAUAUCCUCCUCUACAACGGAACACUUCGCGUCACUAUUUUGCCCGUCAAUGAUCAAAUCUUUCACUUGUUGACCAAGGCUCCAGCCAUGACAGUAGUAGAGCGUCAAUGGAGAGCCAUCACGGCGGAAGUUUUGCUAACGGAAGACGCUGAUACUUCCGCCAAGGAUUUGAUUUACGAUGUGAUUCAACCCCCACAGUUUGGUAAACUUGCUCUAACGGCCGAGAAUGCAACGAUCAUUGCUGGAGCUACGACUGGACCGCCAUUGCUCCGUUUCAGUCAAGACGAUGUCAACCGAGGACGGGUAGUCUUCCUGCACGACGGAACGAUGGAUCCUCGUUCAACGUUUUUCAUUUUCCGCGUGUCUGACGGCCAUUUUAAAGCGGAUAGUGGUGUUUUUAGCAUCCACUUUGAGCCUCUGACGCUCCGUUUUGCCAAUCACUCCAUCAUAGGUAUUCUGCAAGGUCAGUCCACAGCCUGUCAUUGUUAAUUCUUCGAUGGGUGCAGAAUCUAACGGCCAGCGUCGUCACAUAUUUUUCAACGUGACGAAAGAGCCGGAAAAUGGGAAACUUUACAUCAAUGACUUUCCAGUCACAACGUUUGGCCAAUCGAACAUUGAUAAAGAGGAAUUGCUCUACGUCCAGACCAACAUGACGGCUUCGUUUGAUUGGUUUCAAGUUACUGUUUG